AUGAAAAAUGCUGCAUUUGAAGUGUGCAUUACGAGCACCAACACGUUCCAGUAUGGCGCGGAGUGCGGUGAGCUAUACAGUGUGAUCGAAACCUUCACUGCGUGGCUCGGCGAUAUUGACACUGUGAAUCUCUUCCCCGAAAGAGCCCCAGGCCUAGACACCAACGAUUUCAAGUUUGAAGCCCAAAUUGCUCUCACUCUUGCUGAUGGCUAG